CGGCUGUAUCUCCGAGUGGUUUCCGGCAAGAGCCGAUGGGCCGAAAAGAAGGCGGCACACGGGUCGGCCGGCCACUCGGGGCAGAAACGGGGAACUCGAUGUGCUUUCGGCUAAACCAGUUCCGGGACCCUGUUUCUUGGUCGUGGUGUCCGGCGCUCGGUCCGCCACGGAGGCGACCUGGGAACCGCCGGAAGUCGCUCGCAUGAGAGGCAGGAAGUCCCUCCCUUUCCUCCCAGAGGGAAGACGGUGAGCCGGAGGAGUCAGUCAGAGGGGCGAGCAGGAGCGAUUCCGUCGGCAAACAGGUUAUGAGUGCCAAGUGAGCCGCCCUGACAUAAGCAACGUCACCGGUACGUUAUUAAUGAUGGAUACUGAGAAGAAGCCAGAGAAUGAUGAGGAUGAAAAUAUCACCAAAGAAGCAAAAGACUUGAGAAAUACUUCAUCUCAUGAUGUUGAUUGUGGGCCUGUAUUUGAUGUGAUCCCAAAUUCCUCAGAGAAUCCCACCAGCAAAAGAGGUUUUCCAGAAUCCUCACACUUUGGCAGUGUCACUGUGGUGGAAGACGGAAACAAACAUGCUUCCAAACGAAUGAAAUUAUCAGCUGAGGCAGAGCACCUGGAGCCUGAAGAACAGGGCAUUCACAGGCUAGAAACUUCUGCAAGCAUGGUCCCAGAAGGGCAUAUUCCGUUAAGUGAGACAGUGAGGGAGACCCUCCUGAAUGAAUGCCCAGAUGGAGGCACGCGUCUUCCCAAUGCCUUCUCCCCUCCUUGCAGUCUUAGCACUGUGGAUGCUGUUUCUCCGAAAAUAGACACUGAAAAAAAAUCUGCUCAGGAAAUGGUUUCCCUUGAUCCGGAAAGAGAAUCUCCUUUCCCCCUGAAAGAGAUCAGUGUUAGUUGUACCAUUGGAAAUGUAGAUUCAGUUUUCAAGUGCAGCAUAUGUGGUCAUUUGUUUUCUUCUUGCCCUGAUUUGGAAAAACAUGCUGAAUGUCAUACGCAACAAUCUAUGGAAUAUACCUGCUGUCACUGUAGCCACAAAGCAGAGAGCAGUGCAGCAUUGCAUGUGCAUGUCAGACAGACACAUGGGCCACAGCAAGUCUUUUCUUGUGAUCUCUGUGGCUUUCAGUGUGUGGAAGAAAACCUGUUGAAUGCCCAUUAUCUCGGCAAAACGCAUCUCCGACGUCAGAAUCUUGCCGCUCGUGGAGGAUUUGUACAGAUAUUAACAAAACAGCCCUUCCCUAAGAAACCAUGUGCCAUGGGAACAAAAAAUGUUCGCGUAAAACCAAGAGCUUCUAAACCAAUAGCAAAGACAGGUGAUUCAAAAGGAUUACGAAAUGUUGGAAACAAAUUUAAAGAUUUCCGAGGAAACAUUUCUAAGCAAAGUGGAAGUAGCAGUGAGCUGCUUGUUGAAAUGAUGCCAUCCAGGAAUACUUCAUCAGAAAAAGUAGAGAUCAUCGAAGAAAACGUUACUUCCCUUGGCAUAGCUCGAAACACUGAAAACCAGGAUAAAAAUAAAAAGUUAGGAGCUUUGGUCAGUUCAGAGGGUCUCCUAGAGAAAUUUGAAUCUACCAAAAAUACUUUACAGGCAGCACACAGUGUCAGCGUAAGCUCAAGACCCAGACCCGAGCGAAAUAUCCUCACCUUGGGCAGUAGCUUCCGAAGACGGACUGGCACUUUUACCUUAAAAGGCCAGGCCAAGAAAAGAUUUAAUCUCUUAGGAAUUAGUAAAAGAGCAGCUAAUGACACCCAGAGGAUGUACAUGAAACACUUUAGAACCCAGGUGAAGACAAGUGAGGCAGAGUCCGUGGCCAAACACGUGGAAACAAGUGGCAGUGUCGACAGUGUGUGUGUGGCUUCCUCAGAAAGUGCAGACCUGAAGCAGGACCAAAGAAGCUCCCAUCGGGCGUGCUCCUUUAGCUCCAUGGUGGUGAGGCCAGCUGCCGAUCGUCAGAUGUGGACUUGUACAGACCGUGGUCAGGAGGCUACAAACAGGACAGAGCUGAAGACCCAAGGGGAGAGGGCCCCCCCUGGAGAGGUGAAGCUUCACUGCCAGGCCUGUGACUUUUCCAGCACGUUGAGGAGGGACUUGGACAGGCAUUCACAUGACAGCCAGCACCAGCACGCUGCCGCUGGCCUCAGGUGUCAGUGCUGUUCAUUUAUUUCUGAGGAUGAACUAAGUCUCAGAGACCACAUGAAGGAAAAGCACAAGAUGGGUUUUCUUUGCGCUCCCUGCAAUCUAUUCUUCUUGUCUGAGAAAGACCUGGAAGAACAUGCAAUGGCUGAGAAGCACGUUUGUUUACUGGUUCAACCAAAGACUUCUCAGUCCUUUAACAGUGAUUUGGCUUUGCAGACCUUACCCUUAAGUUCUUUAGAAUCUGAGAACAUGAAAGAUCAAAUGAGCGAGUCAGGUAAAGCAGCUCAGGAGGAAGCAGGUAAGCCCAGGGUGAGCCAUGGACACGAAGUAAGGCAUUCAAGUAAGCCUCAGUUUCAGUGUAAGAAGUGUUUUUAUAAAACGAGGUCCUCCACUGUUCUCACGAGACACAUAAAGCUCCGGCAUGGUCAGGACUACCACUUUCUUUGUAAAGCGUGUAAUCUUUAUUCGCUGAGCAAGGAGGGAAUGGAGAAGCACAUUAAGAGAAGCAAGCAUCUUGAAAAUGCCAAGAAAAACAACAUUGGCUUAAGUUUUGAAGAGUGUAUUGAAAGGGUGUGUAUAGGUGCAAAUGACAGAAAAGAGGAGCUUCACGUUUCUGGAAAUGGAAGAAUAGAAGGCCACAUGGAAGGGGUGCAGUUGCAGGAGUCUUCCUGUCUUGAAAAGAGUGUACUGACUAGCAAGGAAGUGCCACAGCCUGGUGUGACGGCCAGGGAGGGUGAAGUAGCUUUGACUGCUACUUCAAAGAGAGGGAGACCCAAAGGUAACAUCUCUCGGACAUGCUCUCACUGUGGUCUCUUGGCCUCCAGUAUCACAAACCUGACUGUUCACAUUCGACGGAAACACAGUCACCAGUAUAGUUAUUUAUGCAAAGUGUGUAAGUAUUAUACUGUGACCAAGGGAGAUAUGGAACGUCAUUGUGCCACUAAGAAACAUAAAGGACGUGUAGAAAUAGAAGCAAAUGGCAAGCAAAGUUCAGAUAUCAUUGUUGGCCCCGAAGGGGGUAACCUGGAAGCCUGCAGAAGGAAUGCCAUCUCAGCAGGUUCUGAUGAACUUGCUAAUAAGUCAGCUGAAUCAGAUACGUGCACCUCAGAAAAGCCAGGAGCAGAGCACGGAAAUCCAACUGAAGUGGAAGUUGAAAAUGUAUUUCAUUCUACAGAUGGGGAAGUCAACAGUCACCUGACUGAUAAAAAGGAACAAAUGUCUCUAGAACCAGAGGACCCUCCUCAGCAGGGGGAUGCAUGCUCCCAGAGAGAUGGUGUGGGUACAGGUGAUAAUAAGUGUGUUCACUGUGACUUUAAUGCUCACUCUUCUGCUUCUCUGGAACUGCACAUAAAACGGAAACAUACAAAAGAAUUUGCUUUUUAUUGCAUGGCCUGCGAUUACUAUGCUGUGACUCGCCGAGAGAUGACCAGACACGCGGCCACAGAGAAACACAAGAUGAAAAGGCAGUCUUACUUAACCUCUUCUGACAUAGAAGCAAGUUCUGCAGAUGUGUCCAAAAAUAUCAUCAUUCCAGAGGAGCAGCAUCAACACAGUUCUGAAGAAUAUCAGAUAAUUUCAGACCAAUCAUCUGAAGAAAUUCUGAGAUCUAAAAAUAAUGCUGAUGUUUGUGUUUUGGAUGAGGAUACUAGUCUAGAUGUGUCUAAGAUACUCCGUGCUCCCAACUCUGUAGAGAUUGAGACUGAAGAAGAAUCUAAUCUCAGUGAAGAUCAUUCCUUCUGUGGAAAUUUCCAACAGCCCCUGGCCAAGGAUAAAGCUCUGAAACCUGAGGAGAUGGUGUCCUUUAAUAUUUCCUCUAAUUGUGGCUCCCCAAGCAGAUUUCAGAAUGAAAAUUCAGGAAGCUCCACUUUGGAUUAUGAGGCAGUAGAGAGAGCCCGUGGCGUGUUGAAUGACACUGGUGAUCCGAGCACGCCUAGUGAGAGAGAUGUUGGGGAGGCGGGGGAGAAUGCAGAGAAAGGCCUCGGCAGACCUGGUGUAGGGGGAAGGCAUCUGGCUGAAAGCACCAUGCCUGUUGUGAUGACGGGGACAAGGCAGGAGCUGGACCUGGAAAGCAGUGGUCAGAACGAGGUUGGAAGUGCGCAGAAUCCGGAGGAUUUGAAAGAUAGUGGUGAAGACCCAGUUAUGGAGAACAAGGAAAUUCUGAUGAAUUCCCAACAUGAAACUAAAAUUAUUUUGGAAGAGGACGGUCCAGCUUCUGAUAGCACAGUUGAAAGUAAUGAUGUCUAUGAAACUAUAAUCAGUAUUGAUGACAGAGGACAGGCCAUGUAUAGUUUUGGCCGGUUUGAUUCUUCCAUAAUAAGGAUAAAGAACCCUGAAGAUGGAGAAUUGUUAGACCAGUCUGAAGAGGGUCUGAUAACAACAGGGGUGAGAAUCAGUGAAUUGCCCUUGAAAGACUGUGCUCAAGGUAUGAAAAAGAAGAAAUCUGACGGUGGCUCCUUUGGGGAAUCCACACGAAUUCGGUGUGAUGAUUGUGGCUUCUUAGCAGAUGGCUUGAGUGGACUGAAUGUUCACAUAGCCAUGAAACACCCUACAAAGGAGAAACACUUCCAUUGUUUACUGUGUGGAAAGUCAUUCUAUACUGAGAGCAACCUUCAUCAGCAUCUGGCCAGUGCUGGGCACAUGAGGAAUGAGCAGGCCAGUGUAGAGGAGCUUCCAGAGGGCGGGGCCACCUUUAAAUGUGUCAAGUGUACGGAGCCCUUUGAUUCAGAGCAGAAUUUAUUUCUGCAUAUUAAAGGCCAGCAUGAAGAACUGCUCCGCGAGGUGAACAAGUACAUAGUGGAAGACACUGAGCAAAUCAACCGCGAGAGGGAAGAAAAUCAAGGCAAUGUUUGCAAGUACUGCGGGAAGAUGUGUCGAAGUAGCAACUCGAUGGCAUUUCUAGCGCAUAUUCGCACUCAUACAGGAUCAAAACCAUUCAAGUGCAAGAUAUGCCAUUUUGCAACAGCUCAGCUUGGCGAUGCCAGAAACCAUGUCAAAAGGCACCUUGGGAUGAGGGAAUACAAGUGUCACGUCUGUGGGGUUGCUUUUGUAAUGAAGAAGCACUUAAAUACUCAUCUACUAGGCAAACAUGGAGUUGGCACCCCAAAAGAAAGGAAAUUUACAUGCCACUUAUGUGAUAGAAGUUUCACAGAGAAGUGGGCCCUGAACAACCACAUGAAGCUCCACACGGGAGAAAAGCCAUUUAAGUGUACCUGGCCCACAUGCCAUUACUCAUUCCUCACGGCCUCCGCCAUGAAAGACCACUACAGGACACACACAGGCGAGAAGUCGUUUCUGUGCGACCUCUGCGGCUUUGCCGGCGGGACACGGCACGCCCUCACCAAGCACCGCCGCCAGCACACAGGAGAAAAACCUUUCAAAUGUGAUGAGUGUAACUUUGCCUCCACAACCCAGUCUCAUCUGACUCGGCACAAGCGAGUGCACACGGGAGAAAAGCCUUACAGGUGCCCAUGGUGUGACUACAGGUCAAACUGUGCCGAAAAUAUCCGCAAGCACAUUUUGCACACUGGCAAACAUGAAGGAGUCAAGAUGUACAACUGCCCCAAAUGUGACUAUGGGACAAACGUGCCUGUGGAAUUCCGAAACCACUUGAAAGAGCAGCAUCCCGACAUCGAGAACCCUGACCUGGCUUACUUGCAUGCUGGCAUCGUGUCCAAGUCCUAUGAAUGCCGUUUGAAGGGCCAAGGAGCCACGUUCGUGGAGACGGACAGCCCGUUCACGGCGGCCACACUGGCAGAGGCGUCCCCCGUCAAGGAGAGGCCCCUGAGGAGCGGCAGGCGGCAGGCGGCGGCACCCGAGCAGGUCCAGCAGGUCAUCAUCAUCCAGGGCUAUGACGGGGAGUUCGCCCUGGACGCCUCGGUGGAGGAGACGGCCGCUGCCACACUGCAGACACUGGCGCUGGCUGGCCAGGUGGCCCGGGUGGUACACAUCACGGAAGAUGGGCAGGUCAUCACCGCGGCUCAGAGCAGUGCACAUGUGGGCGGCGUGGCCCCCGGGCCGGUUCUGCCCGAGCAGGUGGUGGUCGUGGGGGGCCCAGUGGACAGCCACGCUGGGGAUGAGCCCCUGAGCCCAGGCGGCACCGUGAUCCAACAGGUGACCAAGCAGGAGCUCCUGGACCUCGCCGAGGCUGGCGUCCCUCCGCCCGAUGCGGCCUCGGCCCUAGACGCCCUGCUGUGCGCGGUCACUGAGCUGGGGGGCGCAGAUGGCCGGGCAGGGCCCGAUGACAAGGGCAGGCCCAGCCCCGAGGAUGCGCUGGGCCGGCUGCCGGGUCAGGAGGUGCCGGCUGCCACCGCCGCACAGCCCGGGGCCCCCGAGCCCCACGUGUUCCCUGACCCCCGGGAGGCCGCGGUGGCAGAGGCCAUGGGGGCGCUGCCCCGGGCGCUGGGGCCCUCGGGCGCCCCACAGGAGCGAGCGCAGCUGGCCUUCAAGAAGGUGGUCCAGGGCGUGCUGCAGUUUGCUGUGUGCGACCCGGCAGCGGCCGGGCAGCUCAUGAAGGAGGGCGUGACGCAGGUGAUCGUGAAUGAGGAGGGCACCGUGCACAUGCUGGCCCGGGAGGGCUCCCAGAUCAUCAUGCGGGAGGCCGAGGCGCACGGGCAGCACGUGGGGCUGGCCGAGCCUGACGGGGAGAUCUCGCAGAUCAUCGUCACCGAGGAGCUGGUCCAGGCCAUGGUGCAGGAGUCGGCGGGCGGCUUUCCCGAAGGCGCCACUCACUACAUCGUGACCGAGCUGCCCCCGGGCGUGCAGGACGACGCGGGCCUCUAUUCGCACACCGUCAUCGAGGCGGCUGACUCUCAGGAGCUUCUGCAGGCCGGGGCUGCUCUCGGUGCCGAGGCCAUGGUCCCGAACGGCACGGAACAGUUGACGAGCAUGGUCAUCUACACCCAGGAGGGCUCCCCAGCUGCCACUGUCAUUCAGAGCCAAAGAGAGAGUAAUGAGCUCCGGGAAGCCUGAGCGCAGACCUUCACACCUGGCACAGGGUGGACACGUGUGGACGUGGGCAGCCAGGGUUGGCGUGGGCCCGGCCUUCCUGGGUUGGCUGGUGCAGAGGCCUCAGGGCAGUGGUGCGGCCCCCAGAGGGAUCAGGUCCACACGGACUGUGCACCGGUCCCAUGUCCAGGGGGUGGAGGGCACCUCCGCCAGCAGCCCCCUCCCCCAAGUCCCAGCCACCAGGAAGGCCAGGCGGUGCCGCUGGGCCUGAGCCCUGUGCCAGCUGCACCUGUUUCCUGUUUAGUUCUUUUGUGACUGGUCUUUUCCCUCCAUCCAUCCCUCUGCCGAGGAGAAGCCACAUUGUUUCUGUUUCCGACCCCCAAACCCACCCACCCACCCCCAGCAAAUGUUUUCCCAUUUGGGUUAUCAAAGGAUUGUGCCUGGCGGUGGAGAAGUCAGAACAGUGUAUCUUGUGGCCUGAGACAUGCCCAUUCGUGCAGCCCAGCAUGUAGCCAUUUUAACAUUUUAUUCAAUAUUUGGUUAAAAAUUGCAGCUACAAGUCUUGACGGUCUUGAGCAGUCCACCCUUGUUCAUUUUCUGAGAUCACAGGAUCACAGUAUCCCCAGACCAAAGGAAGACCUGCCAGUUCAUGUCUCACAUCAGUUUCCUGUCCCCAGACGCGGUGGGGGUGUCCCUAGCUCUGGUUGCACUCUGCUUCAAAGACACCCUCUCAAGCCUACCGCUGAGAAAAGCCUUGACGUUUCUAUUGGAUUAAAAUACACGUUGGUUAAGACAACCCAGUGCUUCUAAUUCUGACUUCGUUUCAUACAAUAAAGUCUAUAUAUGAAAUGUGCACUCUGGAAAAUAGUGUUCAUACCAAUAUAUUGCUUUUAUAACAAAUGUUUCUUCAUAUUGAUACCAUUUUUGCGAGAUUUAUUUGUGACUUAUGUCCGUGGAAAGGAGCUGACAUUAACAUUAAUACCAGAAAGCCGCGCCCCUGCAGCCCCAGCCCUGCCCAGCAUCAUCUGUGUUUAGUUGUGGGUUCGCUGCAAAUGUGGAAUGCAAGUGUGUGUUCUAGUAACUCACUUCUUGAUUUGAUUGCUCUUCAUCCUUUUCCAAAAGUGUAAAAACACUUCCCUCCCCCAAAUGCAAAAGUUUUUUGUUCUAUUUUUUUUCUUUGAAAUAAAAUUAUAGCAUUGAAAGAGAA